AUGACCAUGUCUCAGCCCCAACUGCCUCGCAUAGGCGAUUUGCACUCGUACUCGGAUCUCGCGCAAACCGCCGUCCUCGAUCUCCUCUUCGAGCCAAGCGCAGCGAUCCACUCGACGCUCCUCCAUGUGAUCCGAACGAACGAGUACGCGUCGUAUCCUGAGCUCAUCGACUCGUGCCACAUCCAGCUCCUCUCGCUCGCCGCCACCAACACGGCCGACGAGGCCAACCAGACGCUGCUGUCGGUGCUCGGAUCCCACCCCCGUCUAGGGGAGAAGAAGGUUGAUUCGGCCCAGUCGGCCGCCGAGCAAGCCAACCUCGGGGGCGAGGGUGAGGAGCUGGCGAAGCUGAACCGGGAGUACGAGGAAACGUUCCCGGGUCUUCGAUACGUCGUCUUCGUCAACGGCAGGGGCAGGCCCGAGAUCAUGGAGGACAUGAGAGCGCGCAUAGACCGCGGCGACUACACAAAGGAGGUCGACGCGGCGAUUCAGGUAAGAACCAAGGACCGGCCGCAGCCGGCAGCGGGUGGCUGGAUAGCAUCGACUGACAGCAGCAAGGCAAUGUGCGACAUCGCCAAGGACAGGGCUUCCAAGCUGCCCAUCGUGAUUCCGUGA